UAGAUUAUUAAUUGUACAUUUGAAAUAUAUAGUCUCAUUAACAUUUUCGCUUGUGAUUUUGGGCUUCGUGUGAAGACUUUACACACAUCGAUGAAUGGAUUUAAGAAUUAAUAUUUUGUCAUCUAUGUGCAAAGGAUAUGAUAUUUUAAACGUUGAUUUGACGCUCUGAGUAAUGAAUUGCCCGUGGUCGGUGUUCAAUUAUUAGGCAUUAUACAUGCCGGGUUGCGAUGAAUGAUCUGUGAUAUCUGCAACCUCUUGUAUGGAAAUAGUAAAGUUUGAAAGACCAAGUCGUCAGGUAAUUAAAAGCGCUGAGAUAAUAACUCCGAGUUGAAAAAUCCAAAUAAACAUCUGCAUUAAGUACCUUUCCAUAUUAUCUUCAUGGAGUUUUCAUGGCCGUAGUGAGGUCCUAUUGGCAACCGGAAACGAUAUUUACGUCAUCAGCAGAGAGAUUCAACAGGCGCAAAGGUUUCAUCGAGCACAAGCGUUUCACGUGCACCGGAAGUAAACACAACCGAAGCCCGCACUCGGGCAAUGCAGCCGGGCUUGAAGUUUCAAGACAACAAAUCGCUUUUGCAAGGAGAGGACGUUGAAGUGUUCUUUAAGAAUCUCGAGGCACCGGAAGGACUCAAGACUCGAAGUAAAGACUUUCUUGACAAAAUAGAGCGUUCUUCGCGAAACUUCGAGGAUAACUCUAGUGUGAACGAUUCCAGCAGCAACGAUAACAAUAUGUUUCAAAAUUCUAUGCACGCCAUGCAAAUGGCCGGCUCGACGCCGACGUACGACGCUACGGGCGUCGGAAGCGGCGUUAUGACGUCGCUCCACUCCGGUAUGAACCCCGUGUAUGUUCCGACGACGCGCCCCGUGCUUCCGCCGAUGCCGUACAUGACAAACGGUGUCUCUCAAGGAGUGUCGUCUCCGAACGCGCCGUCAAUGUGGCAGAUGAACAAUGGGGACCCGUCAUACAGCGUGUCAAACCCCCACGCGUCUGUAAGCCCACGAUUCGCAUUCGCGCCUUCCCCGAGCUCGCCGAUUUCCAACCCGACGGCGCGAGGUGACAGCGGUUUCGCGGCGCCCCUGGCCCGUUCCGGCGGAAUCAACCCGUACCAGACGUACAUGGGAACACCGGAAAUAACGUCAGCGUGGAAUUUUCAGAUGGCUUUGCAGCAAGGACUUCGACAAACUGGUCCUGAUGGUCAGGAAUAUUUCACGGAUCUCGAGGGUCGAGAGUGUGUCAACUGCGGGGCGAUCUCCACGCCCUUAUGGCGCAGGGACGGUACGGGUCACUACCUGUGUAACGCCUGCGGCUUAUACCACAAGAUGAACGGAAUGAACCGACCGCUCAUCAAGCCACAACGUCGACUGGGCGAGUUUGGUGAGAUGCUCCCCUACCAGAGCGAUCCCUAUGGGCAGAUGAACCCCUGGCGAGACAUGAACACUGGCUUUAUGACAGGGUCAAGGUCAAAAUCUGCCAGUCGUCGCGUGGGACUGUCGUGCGCCAACUGCCACACAUCGACAACGACCCUCUGGCGGCGAAACAGCGAGGGGGAACCCGUGUGUAACGCCUGUGGACUCUACUACAAACUGCACGGGGUUAAUCGUCCACUGGCUAUGAAGAAAGAUGGCAUUCAGACACGGAAACGGAAGCCGAAGAGUGCAAGCAGUAAAUCGAAAACUGGGUCAACCACGCCCAACAACAACGUCAGUUCCAGCUCCGGUACCAAAUCGGAAUCCCUCGAAGAUUCAAAGCCAGUCAGUUCCCCGGGUGGUGUUUCCAACCAUAACACUAGCGUCGACUCCAACCACAAUCCGUAUAGUAUGACGACACUUCCUUCAAUGAACAGUGGCGGCAUUUCCGGUAUGACAUAUCAGCACCAGUCGUUGCCAUCCUACCCGAGCGUUAGGUCCGAUUCCGUACCGGUCAAGGUUGAAAGUCCCGAAAACCUCAGUGCGCCUGCGCAUUACGGAUCCCCUUCCCCAGGAAAACACCACUCGGGAUUGGACAACGAGCACAUGCAUGGGCAUUCCCAUUCUAUAAAUAGUAUGGGACUUUCCCAAAACGACACUUUAAGCGUGGGAGCUUGUUAAACGUAUGGUUUUGAUUGGACAGGCGUGGGAUCUUUGACAUACACGAAUCAAAAUGUUUUACGAGUUCAACAACACGUAGUGCGUGCUGUGUUUUAGUAUGAAAUAAUUGGCUGGGUUUCUAUUAAAACCAUUUAUCAAGGUCCCUUUUCUUACGAAACACUCAUGUGACGCUUACAAUUAUAGUGUGGCAUCUGCAGAUGACGUUCAAAACUGAAUGACGUAGUGCACGAACUUAUAGACUGGCGCGCACAAGUUCUGCGCAACAAUGUGAUGACCUAGGUAUUAUAUCAUUUAGCACCAUUGUAUGAACGUCUCAAAUCAUGCUACUUUGAGGAUAAUGUAAAGCAGGAACGUAUCGAAAGACAACCAUAAGUUAGUUGUAUGUGCUACCAUAUAUUCAUACAAAUUUGCAAUCGAAAGUGAAUGUGCUGUGCUUGAUAAACGCUGUUGGACAAUACUUUUGCCAUCACGCAAAUUAUUAUAACGUCUUACAUAUUUCGUUUCGUAAGAGAUAACAUACGUUAUACAUAGAAGAGUUAAAACUUUGUUAGUGUGCUUUUAGGACGCCAAUAUUAUAUUCAAAUGCCAUAUUCUUAUUUUGUCAUUCCAUGUUUAUGAGUGUUUUUGUGUCACGAAUGGUUGUUGUCAUUGUUAUUUCUGCCUUGUGAAUGCAUCGGCAUUAUGAUCCGGAUGUGACGCAUUAAUGUAGUUGUGUUGUUUUGUCGUUGCGCGAAUUCUUAUUUAUUUAUUUUUAUGUUUAAAUUAAGAUGCAGUAAAAAAUUCGCUCAAGUGCCAUUGCUGAUAACUUAAUGUGAAUUGGUAAAUUACUUUUUUGAUGUAUGGAUACACAUUGGUUCAUAACUAUUAAACGCCUCACGAAAUAACACACUAUUAUAUAACCAAUUAGAAGUUCUUUAUAAGUGCUCAUCCGUGUUGAAACUUCAAAAAGUAAAGAUAACUUUUUAAACUGAAAAUCAUAAUGUUGUAUUAUGUUCAUAUAGUAUCUAUCCAUGCAUUGUAGGUCUAUAUAUUACUUGAACUACUUGAUAAAUAUCCUGAUAAAUAUCCAAAACUUACAACAAAUCGUAUACUAAGAAAGUAUAUCAUGAUUUAUCAUUGUGUAUUUCAUUGAACAAAAAAAUGUUAUUAUGUUUUGACUCGAACCACGUUUACAUUAAAAACAAACUUGUAACGCGUGACUUUCACCCAUCAGACGUCAUCAAACCCGAAUACCUCAACAGGCAAAAUGCUCCAGUAGUCUAAAAAUAGUAACAAUUUUUGGUAGAUAGUCAACAGUAUUAUACUUUUAUUGUUAAUGUUUGUAAAUUGUUGAUUUUUGUUUCAUAUUUUUAAUGUCUAUUGUAUGUAUAAUAUGUGAUGUGUGUAUUUGUAAAAUCAAUAACCAACAUUCUAUUUAACGUCAAUUAAUUCUGCGCUGGAAAUAAUUUGAUAAACUUAAUUACAUUGAUUACAAAUUUAUAGGUUUAAUCACUUGAUUGCAUUUAGAUGAAGGUUGAUAUAUUUUAUGCUGUUUUGAUAUGUUAACAAGUAUUAACCUACACUGUUUACAUAAAACAAAGUUAUGGUUGUAUAGCCGUAUGUAUGACUGUACAUAAAUAUAUAUUUUGAUCGUGAGUUGUUAUGUGAAAAAUGAUUUGCUAAAAUAUUUAUGAUUACAAUAAAUUCUAUGAUACUA